AUGGUCUUCGUGGAUCAUGCUCUCAGGAUUCAUUUGACGUCAAGGGGAGUUAAGAGAAAAGCAAAGGAAGAAGAGGAUGAGAAGAGGAAGGGAAGGGAAGUAGAAGAAGAAAGAAGAAGAAGUGUUGAAGCAUCAAAAGAGAAGCUUGAGAAACCCAUCAACUCUCAUCAGAACUCAAACGAUGUUGAUUGUUUUUUUACUGGCUUCAUUGAUUCACACCUACUAGAUAUAGACAUAGAGUCGUCCAUCAAUAGCUUUUGUUUGAAGAAAUCUUCAGACAAGGACUGA